GGCGUUGACGUGGGACGCGGCGGAGGCGCCGCAGCCGGUGGUGAUUUGCUAACCUCACAGCAGAGAGGAGUUAAGGGCGAUGAGAGCGGGUACUGCGAACUGCCGGGCUAUGCCGCCGCCGCCGCCGUAAUACCGAGAGCAACAGUUCCACCACAACACCCCUCCCAGACACACACACACCCCCACAGGCACGCACACCCACCCCAGAGCGCACGGCUCGGCAGCGGCCUUUUUGUCUAGCUGACCCUGCAAGGCCACCCUGCCCUACCACACAGAGACCAGAAGGAAAGACAGCCUCAUGCCUAAGCCCCGGACAGUGCCAUGGAUCUGACAAAGAUGGGCAUGAUCCAGUUGCAGAACCCCAGCCACCCCACGGGGCUGCUGUGCAAAGCCAACCAGAUGCGGUUGGCAGGGACCCUGUGUGAUGUGGUCAUCAUGGUGGACAGUCAAGAGUUCCACGCUCACCGGACAGUCCUGGCCUGUACCAGCAAGAUGUUUGAGAUCCUUUUUCACCGAAACAGCCAGCACUACACCUUGGAUUUCCUGUCGCCAAAGACCUUCCAGCAGAUCCUGGAGUAUGCCUACACAGCCACCCUCCAAGCCAAGGCUGAGGACCUGGAUGACCUGCUCUAUGCAGCCGAGAUCCUGGAGAUUGAGUACCUGGAAGAACAAUGUCUGAAGAUUCUGGAGACCAUCCAGGCCUCGGAUGACAACGACACAGAGACCACCAUGGCGGAUGGUGGCGCCGAGGAGGAAGAGGACCGAAAGGCCAGGUACCUCAAAAACAUCUUUAUCUCAAAGCAUUCCAUCGAGGACAGUGGGUACGCUGGCGUGGCCGGGCAGCACCUCCCCGGAGCCGUGGCAGAGCAGAACCCUUCUGUGUCCACUUCUUUUGGCCUGGCAGCCAUGAGUCCCACCAAGGCUGCUGUGGAUAGCUUGAUGAGCAUCGGACAGUCUCUCCUCCAGGGAGCCCUGCAGCCACCUGGGGUGCCCGAUGAGUCUAACUCAGCCAGUGUUGGGCGGCACUCUGGGGUGGCAGAGGUAAAGACAGAGAUGAUGCAGGUGGAUGAAGUGCCUGGUCAGGAUAGCCCAGGGGCAGCCGAGUCCAGCACCUCAGGUGGGGGUGGCGACAAGGCUGAGGAGAGGAGCAAGGAUGGCCCUGGGACCCCCACCAGGAGCAGUGUUAUCACCAGCGCUCGGGAGCUGCACUAUGGACGGGAGGAGAGUAUAGAGCAGGCGGCGCUCCCUGCUGAAGCCAGCCAAGGCCCCGCUGGUCGGCCCGAGCACUCCGUCGCCUCGGCUGAGAAGCACCUGGGCAUUUAUUCUGUUCUUCCCAAUCACAAGGCGGACUCGGUACUGAGCAUGCCGUCCUCCAUGUCCUCGACCCUGCACGUGCAGCCAGCAGCCCUGGCUGUCUCCAUGGACUUUAGCACCUAUGGUGGGCUCCUGCCCCAAGGCUUCAUCCAGAGGGAGCUCUUUAGCAAACUGGGCGAGUUGGCUGUGGGCAUGAAGACUGAGAACCGGGCCAUGGGGGAGCAGUGCAGCGUCUGUGGGGCUGAACUUCCAGACAAUGACGCUGUGGAGCAGCACAGGAAGCUACACAGCGGGAUGAAGACUUAUGGGUGUGAACUGUGUGGGAAGCGGUUCCUAGAUAGUUUACGACUGAGAAUGCACUUACUGGCUCAUUCAGCUGGUGCCAAAGCCUUCGUCUGUGAUCAGUGUGGUGCCCAGUUCUCUAAGGAGGAUGCACUGGAGACACACAGACAAACACACACAGGCUUCCGAGAAAAGAGCUCCUAGAUGCUGCCUAGGUACACCCUCAGUGCUCUGGGCAUCUAGCCCCUGCCUCUCUAUGCUCACCCACCCCUCCGUAGCUUUUCCUUGUAUGCAUGCCUCCUUGCUAAGCCUCAUCUGCUCUAGACUCCAUCUCACGCUCGGUAGUCCAGAGGACUCUGGAGAGAGCAAGCCAGAAGCCCCCAUCCGAUGGAAAAGGCAAUUGGAGAGUCUGGCCCACAAGCCCUGUCCUGAUUUGGAAUGGAAUUCCCUGAACCCUCCUCCUUUUUUCCGUCUCCCCACACUGAUCCCUAAAUUAACACUUUAUUUGAGAGUGACCCC